UUCAACAUGAAUUGUUGUAAAUCAUUUCUAGUCCUAGUAUUCAGUUUACUUUACAAUGGACAAGCUGCACGUAUACUGUCGUUUUUACUAGUGCCUUCAAUAAGUCAUGACGUGGUAUUUAAACCAAUUCAUGAAAAACUACUAAGACGUGGGUAUGAAAUAGUGGUUGUAACUGCGAGCCCAUUUUACAAAAACACACAGACGCAUGAAAAUCUGACAGAAAUAGAUAUUCAUAACGUUUCGUAUUCGCAUGCAAGACAACAUGGAAUCACUAGUAUUACUAAAAAAGAAACAGACCUAAGUGAAUACUUAAGACGUUUUUCUGAAUUCACUGCAAAUACUUUUGCUAAGCAAGUCCAGAGACGCCACAAGUACAGCAGCUUCUUAGCCACAAAAGCCGAUACUUUGAUCUUUUAUUUUUAGAUGUAUCAUCUAGAAUAUCUAUUGUCCUAUCAUACAUGUUCAAUGCUCCAGUUAUUGCAGACAUCAAAACAUAUUUAGAUGAAUCUCCUGUAGAAGUUUUAUACAUUAGUUUUGGCAGUAAUUUCAACACAUUCGAAUUGCCGGCGAAAACAUUACAAACAAAAAUAUUAACGAAAGUUUUCACAAAUAUUCCAUACAAUAUAAGUAAAGACUGUUACUACGUGGAUUUUAUCAUAGAUGGAACGGAGAACAGUUUUCUGGAGAACGCGGAAAACGAUCCUGUAAUGGAUUGGUGGGUGGACUCCGAUCCACAGAAGAUGCAAGAACGAAUUGAAGCGGGAGAACGAAUUGAAGAAUCUAGACACUUUUUUUUCAGUUACGAGCAGAAUGUGAUCAAGCUUAGAAACAUCAUCAACGACCACCCGAUGUCUGCGCUGGAACGCGCGGUAUGGUGGACGGAGCACGUGCUGCGACACGGCGGCGCGCGACAUCUGAAGACGCCCGCGGCCGGCAUGGACUGGGCCGACGACUACGAACUGAAUCUACUACUUACCGUCCUGUUUUGUAUUCUCGGUGCUAUUGUGCCGGUAAUACUUUGUAUUCAUGUGUCAAUCAAGCUUAUAUUUAAGAGCAAUAAUACAAAAGAGAAAACAAUUUAAGGUUUGUUAUGAUGAUAAAUGAUGUCUUCAACUUUUUAAUUUUGGGCAUUUUUUUCGGAACCUUACCUUAGUGAAGUUGCUGUUGUGUUGUACUUAUUAAUGUUGCUACCAACAACAUUAAAACAAUAGGUACAACAGCAACGUCCAACCACAUAGUUCAUUAUUCCACCAUAAUAAAAGGCGAUGUUAUGGCUGAACUAAGUUCCUAUCAUCUUCCAAGGCUGACAGCUCAGCCGUGAAAUCGCUACAAGCGUUUAGCUUUCUCGAGUCAAAUUGGGCCCCUGACAUCAAAUUUUUGCAACCUUUAACUUGUCUUGAGUGACUUGUAUGUACCUAAAAAGACGAUGUCAUUGUCGUUCCGACAACCAUUAAAAUAAAUAACAGUUGUCAUUAACUGUCAUAAAAAAAAAGUUUUAUUAGAAAACUAGGGUAGGCAUGUCGCAGUAGCGUAACUUUGAAAGUGCCUCGUAUCAUGAAGCAACGCAACUCAAGUGCGUCUGAGCUGUAAGCCUGAACAAAGCAGGACUUAUAAUAGAAUCAAGCACUUUCUAGUUUGAGUGCACCUACCCGUAACUACUUGUGUAGACUAUAUUUUCAUAGCAAGACAAAAUUUUAUGUUUGUUUUCUUUUAUUAACUUACAGUUCCCAAAGACAAUAAUUAUUAGGUCAAUAACCAACCGAACCCAUAUUUUAUCAGAAUAGAAGAACAGAUUUUAUACCAUUAUAUUAUGUAUAUUAGCUACUGUGGUGUGCACUGUACGUUACACACACCUACAGAUAAUCUGUCUAUAUAUAUUUAAGCACAAUUUUAGUUCUUUGCUUUAUUUAAAUUCACUUUACUCAAGGUUGAUCACAAAUGUUUAUAUCACUAAUUGAAAUAAUAAAGUUCCA